AUGCAGUUUGCUGACCAGGAGAAGUCUCCAUUGGCUCCAGGAACAUUGAUCAGAUUCGUGAGCAUUCGGGAAAUGCAUUUACUACUGAGGAGAAGGCUUCAGAGGAACCGGGUUCUUUUCCUAUUGGCCAUGGUGUUGGCUUUUUCCAUCUAUCAGCUUCUCUGUGGCCCUAAAAUUCGUUCAGCACCUUGGACAGCAUCUCAGCUUGAGGAUCAAGUGAAAGUGACCACCAGGGACCUUUCCAGCAACAAAGCCACUGCAGCGGACAAUGGAACAACAGCAUCCAAGAUAAGGCAUUGUGUAUAUGUGGACCCUACGCCAACCAUGCCCAUCACAUCAUCAGUGAAUGCAACCCCACCCCUAGGAAGUGUCAAUCUGACCCACCUGGACGAAGAGGGAAAUUACCCAACACCCCCCUCCCAUGGAGAAUACCCUGAAGACCUUUUUAGCUUGGAGGAGCGCAGGAAAGGGUGGGUCAUACUUCACAUCUUUGGCAUGAUGUAUGUGUUUGUGGCCUUGGCCAUAGUGUGUGAUGAAUAUUUUGUCCCCGCCUUGGAUGUAAUCACGGAAAAGUUGCAGAUCUCUGAUGAUGUGGCAGGGGCCACCUUCAUGGCAGCAGGCGGAUCAGCACCAGAACUCUUCACCUCUCUCAUAGGUGUCUUCAUCUCACACAGCAACGUGGGCAUUGGCACCAUUGUAGGCUCAGCGGUGUUUAAUAUUCUUUUUGUCAUUGGCACCUGUGCCCUUUUCUCGAGGGAGAUACUCCACCUGACCUGGUGGCCCUUGUUUAGAGACGUCUCGUUCUACAUUCUAGACUUACUGAUGCUCAUCCUGUUUUUCUUAGACAGCUUCAUUGUUUGGUGGGAAAGCAUCCUUUUGUUGAGUGCCUACAUCCUCUAUGUGCUCACCAUGAAAUGGAACGUUCACUUAGAACAAUGGGUGAAGGAACAGGUGAACAAGACAAGAAAUACCGUGAAGGCAGCCGCUUCUGAAGACACCAAGAAGCAAGGCAAUGGGUCAGUUGCAAGGGAUGGAGCAAAGCACUCAGACGACAGCAAGAGACUGGAGCGAGGAGGCAGCUCGGCCUCUCUGCACAACAGCCACAUGCGCACCACCAUCUUCCAGCUCAUGAUCCGCACCCUGGACCCCCUGGCCGAAGCAAAGUUUAAAGACAAGCUUGACAUCAUGAGCAACUUGGCCACGGGCAAACUAGGCUCUCAGGUCAGACAAGGAGUGAAACCGGAAGAGAACAAAGCGGAAGCAGAAUUAGCAACCACUGUUCAAGAAACGCCUGCCAGCGACUCCAACCUCAGCGUGGUGGAGGAUGAACACAAUGUGGACACAUCGCCUGGCGGGCAGCUCUCUCCGGAUAUAGAAGGCAGCAGCUCUGAGGAGGAGGAAGAUUGUGAUGAGGAGAGUGAGGAUGAAGAUGAGGAGGAAGAAAAUGACGAGCCAUUAUCCCUCGAAUGGCCAGAGACCCGGAGAAAACAAGCUCUUUACCUUUUCCUCCUGCCCGUUGUGUUUCCUCUCUGGCUCACAGUGCCCGACGUUAGGAACCCAAGGUCUAGAAACUUCUUUGCCAUCACAUUUCUAGGAGCCAUCAUCUGGAUUGCAGCAUUUUCCUACCUCAUGGUGUGGUGGGCACAUCAGGUUGGAGAAACAAUUGGGAUUUCGGAGGAAAUUAUGGGUUUAACAAUCCUGGCAGCAGGGACUUCAAUCCCUGACCUCAUCACAAGCGUUAUUGUUGCACGUAAAGGCCUGGGUGACAUGGCUGUCUCCAGCUCUGUGGGCAGCAACAUCUUUGACAUCACUGUUGGCUUGCCAGUUCCUUGGUUCCUUUAUUCCGUCUUCAAUGGACUCAGCUCAGUUCCUGUCAGUAGUAAUGGUUUGUUUUGUGCAAUUGUUCUGCUUUUUCUCAUGCUCGUGUUUGUGAUCAUCUCAAUUGCUCUAUCUAAAUGGAAAAUGAACAAACUAUUGGGGCUCACCAUGUUUGCUCUUUACUUUGUAUUUUUGAUUAUCAGUGUGAUGCUAGAAGACAGAAUCAUAUCCUGCCCAAUAUCUGUAUGAGGCUUGGGUGUAACUACCAUUCGGGCAGCACAAGACGAUGUGAUCUCCAUAUACAGUAUGUGUAAAUGAACUUGAAAAUGGGUUUAAGGUAGUUAUAUUUUACUUAAACCAAUUGUAAGCUUAUUGAAAAUUGUGAAAACUAAGCUUAGUGAAACUUUAAUUCAAAUAAAGAUUUCUAUUAAUAUAUUUAUAUGCAUUAAUAUAGAUUUAGGCCCCAAUCCUGCAAAGACCCACACAGGUGUUUAAAAUGUUAUGCACUGCAAGUCGUCCUAUUGAAGUAAUAAGAUGAAAGACCGAGGCUCUGCCCACUUGUAGUCAUUAAAGAUCCCAGGCAAUUUUUGCAGGAGUCAGAGUAUUAUUAGUCUUUUGCAGAAUCAGGGUCUAAAUUAUUAAUGAAAGGGCCUGCUCCUAAAUCCACUGAAGUCAGUGGAGCUUUGUCAAUGGGUGUGGGAUCAGACCCUGAUGGUGAAAUUCAGCCCUGUGGAGAGAGCCAGUGCUGAUCUUCUUACACCCCCAAAAUAGGGCUUAAGUGGGAUGUAAGUGUUGAACAGGCCUUGAGUCGGUCCCUCUAAACAGAGGGGAAUUUCACCCUAAACUCUUUGGAGAAAGAGCAAUAAACUGAUUUCUGUGCUCAGUGGGAAAAGCAUUUACCAGUUACACAGCAAUCCUGAAAAAUAUCCACUCUGCCACAUUAUAAAUAAGCAUCUAAUUCUGCAAUGUAAUCUCUAAACUCAUGGUGAAGUCCUACAUAAACCAGAGGGACUCCAUGUGGAUCUAAGAGUCCAUUGGUACAGUUUGCAUUGUAGGAUUCAGGGACUAGGAGAGCACACUGCAAACCAGUAAAAGGUAAAGAGAACAGGAAGUGAAACUGUUAUAAAAAGAGGAAGCUGAAAUGAUCUUAUAUUGCUUUUCACCCCCUGAAAGUGACUGUAUUCAACUCCUGUUAGCACUAAUGUGUUUUGCAUAAUUGUGUCACAUGAAGAAAUGCUAAUUGUCAUCCACCAUUAUCAAUUAGCCUGUAUGGUUUAAAGUUACC